UGCACAUCAUCAUAAUUGAAAAUUCUUAUAUUGGUACUCUCGGUCCAUUCUUGCACUUUCCGGGUCAAUUGCGCAUGUAAAUCAAGCGAGUUUUCCAUUCUCGGCUGGUUCCUGUGAAUAAUUUUCGUUUCUCCGAUUGCCGGCUACCUUGAAAGAUCUCUUUUUCUACAAGGGUGAACUCGCUUGGAUUCAAUAUGGCGGACAUGUCCAUGGUAGAGAUUUUGAAAACUUGGCACGAAGGUGUUUCUCUUAUGGAAAAAGGAAAUUUUCAGGACGCUCUAAUGAAUUUUAUUGCGUUAGAGGGAAGAACUGACUCGUCGCAAACUUUAAUCACUUCAGGAAGAAAUCUUUUCAACAUUGGUCAGACGUACCGCGCGCUUGGAAACCUUGACAGGGCGGCAAAGGUAUUGAACUAUCUGUGACAGUCAUUUCGUGACUUUUUGGUAGAACCUUUUAAUAGAACCUUUAAUCAUGUCACGAUAUUUUGAUUUCAAUAGAGUCUCCGUUUAAAAAGUUAAGCUUAUAUCUUUGUAGCCUGAGGGGUUUUAUUUACUCCCUUGGAACUGCAAACAAAGUGCAAGAAUGAAUGGAAAGUUUUGAAAACUUUUCAUAUUCAUUUUUGUUGUGGCAUGACUGUUUAUUUGCGAAGGAGGAGGGAUUAAGCCUACCCGCACUUAAGAAACAAAUAAAUAUAUAAUAAACAAGAAGAUAAUGAUUAAAAUCAAUAUAACAUAACAUGUUAUGUUAAAAAAUGCAUAUAUAAUGUAGGAAUAAACAGAUCAAUAAACAAGAACGUUUUUUCUGUAAAACUAAAACAGGGUCUUCCCACAGAAACAUUUGAAAAAUUUACUUAAAAGCUGUCAAACUUUGAAAUAAAAAAAAAAAGGAAAAUAGGUAGUAAAUUCCAACAUGUUUAUUUUGCAUUUUUAUAUCUGUGAUCUGCAUUUGUAAGCUUCUAGACCAGGACUGUCUUAGAUACUUCCAUAUCAGUAUCUGUAAUUUUGUUUUGCCCUGCUGUCUUGUUUAAGUAAGAUCUUCACCGGUACCCAUUUAUAUUGCAUGUUUUGCAUAGUGGGAACGUUGACAUGAAUAUAUGAGGAUUGGUGAUUGUCUGAAAUUCAAUGUCAACAACAGUCCUAUUCAGGCCUAUGUUCACCUGGAUGAUCAUGCUCAACCUACUUAUUUUAUGUGUGUUGUCUGAUUUGGACUGCAGGGCUCAACAUUGCGACCUGUGGCCAAUGUGACCAGCUUUUACUCCGUGGCGACUAAAUUUUCAUGCCUGGUCACCAACCUGACGCCCAACAUAGGUGACUUUCUUCUCUGGGAAAACGUACACUAAUGAUAAUCUGUUAUCCUUUACAAAACUAACAGAUAGCUUAGGGUUUUUCUAACUCUCUAGCGUUUUGCCCAAACGCUCUAACAGUUUGUCCAAACCCUCUAACGAUUUGUCUAAACGCUUCAACGAUCUCUUCUAAUACUCUAAUGGAUUGAUCUUAUGAUCUAACCGUUAGUCCAUCUAACGUUUAACUUUUACUUGAAAGAGGCUUGUGAAGAUCACUAGUAGUCUCAUCAACUUUCUGGCAAAUCGAUCGCAAAAAUUCUCAACAGGUCAUCCAAUGUUUCUCCAGAAAUGACUUCUAGUGCAUCGAUUAAAAACAAUUUCUUUAUGUCGAACAAUGAUAAAAGUUUAAGCUAAUCGAGAACAAACGGUGCUUAUUUCUCGAGCUUCUUGUAUACAACAUUAUGCAAAUUUCUGUUGAGCAUGACGACCCAAAUAAAGGCUCUAUGCAGUCGUAUUUUAUUGACUUCCAAUGAAGUACUGUUGAAGUCAUUCUGUUUGUUGAACAGACUUCGAAAUCAACUUCUUUGCCCGAAAACAUUAGCAAAAUUUCCUCCAUCUGGAGUCACUUUCGAUGAUGUGCCAGGCAACAAAAUAGAUUACAUUUCACCGAUGUUCAUUUCUGAACAAAAUUGCAAAUACAUGGGACGCAAAACAAAUGUCUGCAAAUUUUGUUCUUUAAUAACCUAAAUAAGUUAUUUUGCGAUUCCUAAAGUUUUUUUAUCUUAAUGUGUAUUCCUUUUCCUGAACCUUAAGCUUGAAUACCUGUUUGAGGAGACUUGCGCUUGAGUGCGGGCUCAUUUUCCUGAACACCGGCUGGUAAUGGAGCCUUGAGUGAAAACCUUUUGAAAGAAUGUUCAAAAGGAAGUGCUAAAGCAUUCUUUUUCUGUUAAGGCUAAGUAAAAAAUGUUAAGUUUAUUGUAUUCCAUUAAUUCUUAAAUAUAAUUUUUGGCAACUAGUGAUACCAGUUCUGGUGACCGAAAAUGAAAACUUGGGGGCAGCUGGCCCCAAGACUUUUUUCUGAAAGUCCAGCUCUGGACUGGCCACCCAAGAUUAGCUCUGGCUACCUACGGGCCAAUGCACUUUUGUAAAACUUGAUUAUAAGGAAAAUAAAGAUUAUUCUUGUUGUUGUCGUUGUUUGAAAUAGCAACUUUUUCCAAUACAUUUUGAAAUGAAAUGUGGAAGCAAUAUGUUGAAACAUUAUAUUUUCUAUUUUAAUCUCUGUGAAUUUUGUAAUAAAUUCCAGGCAUUUGAAGAGUCAGUGGAUAAGGACAAGAUGCUCGCAGUUGGUCAUUUUAUGCUGGGGAAUGUCAGUCUAGCUUUGAACAGGUAAUUUAUUUGGCAGUGCUCUGAUCUGCUGUUUUUUAGAGAUUAUCAUCAUCAUCAAUCAUCACCAUCAUAUCUCUACAACACUGAAGGCCCAUCACACUGUUUUUCUAGCCCCCCCUGAUUUGUGCUACUUUUCUGGCCAUACAAGUUGUUCUCCAGCUUGUUCAUUUUAGGGCCCUUUAUAUUUUCAUGACUAAGGGCCUGCAGGGAAAAGGUCCUGAGUAGCCUUGGGCUCAUGUAAAAUCCAGCCUUUGUUUUACAAGCAAAUCAUGAAGUUAUUUCAUAGGGGAAUGUGUUCUUUAUCAGAGAUCACUCUGUUAUUUGGUCAGAUCAAAUGCUUAUGAUUAUGAUUAUAUGUGGUUGAGUUAAUUUUCAAGCAUAGAAGCCAUACCUUGCUGUGAAAGCAUUUGAGGAGAAUCAAAGCCUUUUAUGUGUGCAGGUUAACAUGUACUAGUCCCAUUGCUUCAUACAGUACCAUGGAAUCUCUGUAGAUGCAGGCUCAUUAUGAGCUCUGAUUUUGGCAUAUUCUCAAUUUUUUGUUACAAAGAAAAGCAGUUUCACUUAUUCCAUGACAAUUGAACCACAAUAUCUUUUAAUAAUAAUAUUGUACCUCUAAGUGAUUAUACAUGACUUGCUAUUUUGUGUGACUUACUUUUUCCUGUUAUGUCCAGGAAUGAAGAUGCAUUGGAGAGCUUCAAUAAUGCUAAUUUCUAUCUUCGUGGUAACAAACUGAUUAAUUACCAGCAACUGGGGUUGAAAUACAAACUAUACUUGUGUGAGGUAAAGUAAACACAGUUGUCCCUUGGAAUGAAUGUACUUUAUACUGUCAGGCAACUUGUUUUCAAGAUCUUUCAUCUUUUGGUUUUUACAGCUUCAGCUUCUUACAUAUUUGUGAGAAAAUGACUCAAUACUUUCCUCAUGAUAGCAAUUUUCCUUGCUUCUCUUAACGAGUGUUUAAGAAGUCUUAGGAGGUCAAAAAAAAGUUACGAUAACUAAGCGAUUUCUUGUCUGCUUAAUUGUUUAGAGCUAUGGUCUGUAAGAAUGUACAGUCUUGUAGACUAUAGAAAGUAAAUGAUUUGCAAUUUGUUUUUUUCUGUUUCUCACGUGCAGUUUUGUAGGAAACUUGAUUAGAAAUGGACAUUAAAAACUUUCAUUGUUCUUGUAAUAAGCAAAUAGACAACAAUUUUCCAUUGUCCAUACUUAUAGAAACAGGAGCCCAUUUGAUGGGCUCCUGAUAGAAAUGAUGUCAACAUCUCCAAAACUUUGUGAUGAAGUUUGAUAUUUUUGUCCUAGUUGAACACUUUAAGCCCUUGCAUGAAACCUUUUUGUUGACAGAUUUUGGCCAACAGAGCCAUCUCACAUGCCAGGCUAGGUCACAUCCAGGAAGCCAGAGAUGAUUUUUUAAAUGCACUACAGUCUAAGGUGGAGGCACGGCAUUGUAUUAUUGAAGAUUCUCUUCUGUGUUGGCAGGUACACUGUAGACAUUUUUUAAAAUUGUUUAAGAAACUGUAAAAUUGUAGCUUUAAACAAAGGUGCUUGAAAGGAAUUUUGCAGGUGCGAAUAAAGAGAAGCAAAGAAUAUAGGGGUAGAAAGGAUCACUCGGCUUAAAAACAAGAUCAAAUUUCCAAUUUGACCCCUUUACACUUCUUAGUAGUGGCUACAAACAGGUCCAAUUUAAUUCCAAAAAAAUCUCAAUUUCAUUUCCAAGAUCCCAAAAAAUAAAAUUCUACUGUGCAAAAGUACCUUUUUUUAAUGUUUUAUUUUUAAUAAGUACCUUUAAAAGUACCUUUAAAGAGAGUCUUCAUUUGAAUGGUUACACCCCAACCCACUCCUCCUCAGCCCCUGGAGUGAGAGAGAAAAAUGGAACCGAGUAGGAGAGGACACUGGGAAUGAGGUUAGGUCACACUCCAGGAUGUCUUUGUAAAAUACUGGGAAAAAAAUAUUUUAGUGUAAAAGUUAUACUUACUCCUGGUUCUUUUUUGUCAUGAACAGGCUGGAGAGAAUGUAGAACCUUUACAGGUGCCGUCACAUGCAGUCUUUCAGCCACCAAGAAAACAAGUUGAAGCCAUCAAAGAUAAUCCCAAUUUCUUAGGAAAAUCAAAGGUACAGGUGUAAGUUGGAGAAACAAGCUGACACCUUUUAGUUUUUUAGUAUAACCUUGUUCUAUUUAUUAGAUUUAGAUUAAGGUGUGGCAGGCUAGGGGAUCCUGAGGGGUACUCCCUAUAAUGCCCUUUAUGGGGAAACUCCGCCUGAAAGAGGUGCCUUUUUCAGCCUUCUGGUCAGUAUGAAAGGGUAGGGAUUUGUGUUGCAGUGUACAAAAAGGAAGAGAAAUCUGUCAUUUUGGUUGGUAAAAAGGCCCAGAAGGGCUAACAGAUGCAUUUUAUGGCUGUGAAAGAGAGAAAAAAACUUCCUGAUUUAGUAAGAAAAAAAAGAAGGUGCAUUUACAGCAGUUAUAGCGAAUGCAAAGUUCUAAACUAGGUAACUAUGUGAAAUGGGUACCGUUUAUCAGUAGGGGGUUUACAAAAGGGGUACAUGUAAUGAUAUACAUGUAUAAUAGGGUAAGGGGUUGGACCGUCCCUGUAUAAAAGUUCUUAGAGUACCCCCGGUGAAAGAGUAAGAAGAAAAAAAGAAGAAAAAGAAGAGCAAUGAGAGGUAUAUUUAUUUUCUUGUUCUUUCAGGUUGUUGCUGCCCAUGAACCUUCUAAGUUUCCUGAAACAAGGACCAAGGUAAGUACUGUCACGCAACAGAUUAAUGCACACAUGAAUGCGUGACAAACGAGCCCCAAAGGACGUCUGCGGGGAGGCUAACAUCAUGCAUGAUAAAUUUUUGCACAGCGCUCGGGUAAUUGUCCCAACUUCCUAGUGUCUUGUCGAGUUUAUUUAGUAGUAGGGGAAACUGUGCUUUUAAAUUUUUGUUUGUUCUUAUGAUGCAGACACCCCCAAAAGAAAAACAAUACGAACUAUUUUAAGCGACACAUUUUUAUCAAUUAACUGUCGAGUAAUUUUGAUUUUAUUUCCUUUCUUCAGCCCCCUGCCUCCCCGUCUUCCCCCAGAAAAACUGAAGAUGAACAACCUAUGGAAGAACAAUCUCCAACGGCAGAUGGAAAAGUAAGUUUGCAAAUUAUCGCGUGUGUACACUGAUUUUGCAUUUACUUUUGGAGAGGGAAUAGCCUCUUCUUUGUGCUCCCUGGCGAAAUAAAGUGUGAGCUGUUUGCAGGGCAAAGACAGUACCUUCUUUUCAGUUACGUCAAUACCGGAAGUAAAAAUUGAUGCAGUCUCGGGGAUUGAACUCGUAACCUUUGCUCUUCAGGCCAGCCCUUGAUCAAAGGAGCUAACCCUACGGCGGUUUGAAUUACAUGUUUUGUUUAAUCUGCCUGUGCUUCGUAAGUGAAACCCCCGGGGGGGGCACUCAAGGUAAGUUCGGGUAGGGGUGUGCCGCCUAACCUGCGAACUGCAGACGUAUUUCUGGAGGGAGAGAAGCGACGACCGGAAAUACGUCUGUAGUUCGCUCAUUUCAAGCCUUUAAACAGUGAAAUUGUAUAACUUUUUAAGACUCAAGAACCUGAAAACCAUGCCCUGUUCAGAAGCACAUACCUGUCUUGGCCAAAUACAAGAGUGCUUCCCCCCCCCCUAUUCCCGCUCGUGAGUAAAACUAGAUUGGACGACCGGGAAAGUAGAUACAGGGUGGCAAAGGGGUGGGGGGUGGGGGUAUCUAUCACGCAUCACGCCAAUUUUUUAAAGCUAUGACGCAUCACGGAAAAAUGAAAUUAAAAAUUAACUACAUUAACAUUUACAAGUAUGCUAUUAUCAGUUGAUCUGACAAAAUCAGAGGUGGAGGAACGAGAAAAAAAGGCAAGGGUUGGUGCUAUCUAUUUUUAAUCUCUCUGCUACAAGGUUUAAAUGAUAUUAACCAUCACGGAAACUUCAAAGGAAAAUCACGCGUCACGCAUUGUGAAAAUAGUAAAUCACGCAUGAGGCCGCUACGCCUAAUCACGCCUCACGCGGCGAAUUUGGGCCCUAUCAGGCAUCACUCUGAUAAUUUGUGACCCAUCACGCGUCACGGAAAACCCCUUUGCUACCCUGUAGAUGUUGUAAGGGUAUUGAUAUGCGGGAUUUUAUAUAUAAAACGAGCCGUAUCCUUCCUAACGAGUCUAAGAGAUAGCACAUUGGCUCCAUCAUUACUUUGAGUGAGAUGUUUAAUUGUGUCUUGUUACACUAUACUUCUCUAUUGCUCACAAAAGGUAAUCGUCUUCGUGUUGUUCUUAGGCGACAGGUAGAAGGGCUUUGAUGACCGCUUUACGUGACGGUAACACUCGCAAAUCUCUCAAACGUGUCUCCACUCCGCCAGAGCCGCCAAACAAGCCCGUCCCUACCCCCCUAGAGCCCCCAAACAGGCCCCUGCCGGUCCUCCCUGAAAGACCAAGUAGCCCUCGUCGUCCACCACCUUCGCCUCGGUCCCAGCACAAACUGAGAGAGUCUCCAGUGCCGGGUAGUGAAUCUCGGUCACCGUUGACUCGAAGGCGGGUUGUUAGCGCUCCACCAGGUAGCCCUGUUACAGAGAAACGCUCGUCUGUUGGGUUAACCCCCCCUGAUAAGCCGUUACCUCCUGCUCCUAAAAAGAGUCCGCUUCCACGUCGUAAAAUAUCCGAACCAGUGCAGUUUCGCAAGGGCCGUGACGCCACCGUGACCGUUCAGUUGGUUCUUACACGCUCCAUUAAAGUUGAUGAAGCGGCUUCUACCCAAGACUUGGUUCGUGCCGCGGCCAGUACUUUUCGGCUUUCUGAGGAUUCGUUUGCAUUGUGGUAAGGCGAUUUCUAUUUUUGAUUAACCCACUUUCCCCCUUGCAAUUAAAAGGAACUGAAGUGUACAAUUUUAGCAGUUACUCGUUCUAUAUAUCUUGACAUUAUUAUGCUGUGACUGAAACUCUUAUCUAGCCUGAGCUAAAAACAGCAAAAGGCCUAGCAAACAUUUCGCGAAGCCACCUCUUGUUUUGCCGUGCGCAGAAAUUCAAUACUGAUGACUUGUCACUACCCAGAUCUGGGUAGUGCUGCUGAUUGGUCGUGCCGCGUGGGAAAUUUGCCUCAACCAAUCAGGAGCACUUCCCAGAUCUGGGUAGCAACGCGUCAUCAGGUUGGAAUUUCUGCGCCCGUUGCUCAGACGACAUUUCGCGGAGAAUCCAGUGAUGGUGUCGCAAAUUGUUGGCUGUUUUCUCGGGGCUAACUCUUAUCGGGUUUUAAGCCCUAAAGUGCCGUAUGGUGGUGGAAGUAUUUAAGGUGUAAAUCGCGUCAGCAGGAAAUUUUAUUUUUCCUAUUUAUUAUUCUAGGUGUAUGAGAAAUGGCCAGCUUUCUGCCCUUCAAGAUAAAGAUCUAGAGGGAAUUCUUAACUCCCCAGCAAACAACAUGGAAACUAUUUACUGCUACGAAAAUAAACCUCAGUAAUGUUUUGAUAACUAAUUUUCUUACAGGAAACUAUUAAUUAAUUUUUUCUACUUGGUAAUGUAACGGCUGUGAACCGCGUGUUUUUCUG